UAUUUUAAUAAUAUUUUUAAAAUGUUUUUUUUUUAAGAAAAUGAUAAUUACAUUUUCGUUGACUGGCAUAUCUUAAUAUUCCUUGAAAAUUCAUGUACGAAAGUUUAAUAUCUUAUAACAGAACUUACAAUCUUACAGAAGCAAUGCACAUACCUAUAGAUCAGAUUUUUUUAUAUUUGAUAAUUAAUGAAACUUUCUUAAACAAUUUGCUGCAGAAGCUUUCUACAGCUCAGGAAAAUUAACCGAGCUAAUGAAAACUCUACCAAACUGUUUCUUGGCACCCUAUUAUUUGGACCAUUCCUUACAGUUCUUAUUAAGUCAGAACAGUUUGCCAAAUCGUACAGUUCAAAAAUCCAUCUCGAGUCCCAGACAAAAGGGACACUGGGUGUUCGGUGCAUUGGCAGUCGCUCUUGAAUCUCUCGAGAGAGUCGGUCGCGAGUGGCGCCGAUUACUUUCGCAUUCUGGACCGCUGCAGCUAAGUUUAGGUGAUCACGUCGCGCAAGUGCGCGUGUACGUCGGAAAACGGUGGCCUCCGCUAGACGUCCGUGUAGAAAAACACGAGCGACUAACGUGCGACAUCAAAUUGACGCUGACCAUCUGUCUACCUGACGUGCCCGAAGAUAGCAAAUCGCUCGGACUUCAGCUUGGCGAAGACCGUGCAAGCCAGCCGCGUGACCAAGGAGAUCUUUCCGCGCACCGGAAAGGACCUGAAAAGACUACCCAUGCCGUUGAUGUUCGCCAACGCUCGUACCCGCAGCGAGGUCAAGGAGAUCCAGCAAGAGGCGAUGAGCGAUAUUAAGCUGCAGGCAUUGAAAGAUGUUCAGAUGAUGACCGAGGUGAAUGACGCGGUGAAGCAUGUUAAAAGUAUGCGUGGAAAAUCUGCAAAAGCGAUAGAAUUCCAACUGAGGACAGAGGCGAUAAAGAAUCUGUCCAAGAGCCAGGAGUUGGCUGACAUCCGGAAGUUUCAAAGAGAGACCGUGCAUUCUCUCUGGGACGACAAGGCACACAGCAGAUUGUUAAACGAAAGAGCCAACGCUCUGAUCGAUGAGGAUAAGCUGACGCAGCCGCUUGAUACGCUCAGCAGGGAACUGCGCGGAUUCGAGCAGAAGUCCAGCAAUUAUUUUCUAGAUAAGAGGUAUCAAGAUCGGGCGAGGCGAGAACUUUUGUAUGGGUGUCGAGGAUGCGAGUAUUAUAAUGUUAAGCGUGGUAGAUAGGUAAGAGUUGUGUUAUGACCGAGUUCUCAGUAGAAAAAAAGGUACAAUAUUUUAAUUUCUGGAAAGGUUGAAAUACGUAAAAUAAAAAUAAAUGAUUUUAAUAGUUA